CGCAAGAUGGAUGGGCACGGGUGGUGCUCCACAGCUAUAAGUGGCUGCGCUGGGUCCGCUGCUCAGGGCUCUGGCCAUGCUGCUUCUUGGGCUACUGCUGCUGACCCUGAUGGCUGGUGCCCGCCUGCUGUGGGGCCACUGGAAGCUCAGGAGCCUCCACCUCCCACCUCUUGUGCCAGGCUUCAUGCACCUGCUGCAGCCCAACCUUCCCAUCUAUCUGCUUGGCCUGAGUGAGAAACUCGGGCCCAUCUACAGAGUCCGCUUUGCCCUGCAAGAUGUGGUGGUGCUGAACUCUAAGAGGACCAUUGAGGAGGCCAUGAUCAGGAAGUGGGUGGACUUUGCUGGCAGACCCCAGAAUACAUCCUAUAAGCUAAUAUCUAAGCACGCCCAGGACCUCUCACUAGGAGACUAUUCCCUACUCUGGAAAGCUCACAAGAAACUCACCCGCUCAGCCCUGCUGCUGGGCGUCCGCAAUUCCAUGGAGCCCCUGGUGGAGGAGCUGACCCAGGAGUUCUGUGAGCGCAUGAGAGCCCAGGCUGGCACCCCCGUGACCAUCCAGGAGGAAUUCUCUUUCCUCACCUGUAGGAUCAUCUGUUACCUUACCUUCGGAGACAAGGAGGACACCUUAGUACAUGCCUUUCACAACUGUGUCCAGGACUUGAUGGAAACCUGGGAACACUGGUCCAUCCAAAUUUUGGACAUUGUUCCCUUUCUCAGGUUCUUCCCCAACCCAAGCCUCCGGAGGCUGAAGCAGGUCUUAAACAACAGGGACCACAUGGUAGAGAAGCAAAUGAGGAGGCACAAGGAGAGCAUGAUGACAGGCCAGUGGAGGGACAUGAUGGACUACUUGCUCCAAGGGGUGGGGAAGCUGAAAGUGGAAGAGGGCCCCGGCCAGCUCUUUGAAGAGCACGUGCUUAUGUCUGUGGUGGACCUCUUUAUUGGUGGCACCCAGACCACAGCAACCACCCUCUCCUGGGCUGUGGCAUUCUUGCUCCACCACCCUGAGACUCAGCAGCGACUGCAGGAGGAGUUGGAUGGUGGGCUGGGCCCUGAAGUCUCGGGCUCCCGAGUCCCAUACAAGGAGCGCGCACGGCUGCCCUUGCUCAACGCCACCAUAGCUGAGGUGCUGCGCCUGCGGCCCGUCGUGCCCCUGGCCUUGCCGCACCGCACUACCCGGCCCAGCAGUAUCUCCGGCUACGAUAUCCCCGAGGGCAUGGUCAUCAUCCCUAACCUCCAAGGCGCCCACCUAGACAAAUCGGUCUGGGAGCGGCCACACGAGUUCCGGCCGGAGCGCUUCCUGGACCCUGGCGCGAGCCUCAGAGGGCUGGCCUUUGGCUGCGGGGCGCGCGUGUGCCUGGGGGAGCCGUUGGCGCGCCUCGAGCUCUUCGUGGUGCUGGCGCACCUGCUCCGGGACUUCACGCUACUGCCACCCGCAGGCGCCCUGCCUUCUCUGUUGCCCCAGCCCUACUGCGGCGUCAACCUCAAGAUGCAGCCUUUCCAGGUGCUGCUGCAGCCGCGCGAGGCGGGGGCCCGGGGCCUGGGCAAGAGCCAGUGACAGGGCAGGAUGCGCUCUGGUCCCGGGUCUCAGU